UGUGAAUAUCUAAUAUACCUAUUUUCGUUGUCUCGAAUAAACUUUUACAGUGCUUCUCAUGCUCCUGGCGUCAGUGAUGAUGUGCGUGUUCGAGCUCGAAGUCUACACGAACAAGCGAUAAACCAAACCACCCGAAUUCAGCGCAUUGGCAGAGAGACUCAACGUGUGUCCGCUCUGGCGCGUUCUGCGGCUGCGCAGGGCCAUGGGGCGGGCGGACCCAUCUUAGAUUACGACGGUGAGCACGUUGUUGGUCACCAACGAAUCAACCUGGAGCGUAAUUUCGGAACACGUGCUCCCGAAUAUUUGGCUUUUGCUACAUCUCCAGGUGACAGUCAGACGGGCCGACAGCAGCAGGCCAUGAUCCAGUUGCAGGAGGACGAGCAGAUGGCGCGUGAGAUGGAGGCUCUCGAGGCCGACAUUGUCCUCGUCAACGAACUCUUCACAACCCUCGCCGCCUACGUCCACGACCAGGGCGAAAUCGUGGACUCCAUUGAGGCCAACACGGAAGCCGCCUACGUCCAGAUCCAAUCGGGCGUCCAGCAGCUGCAGUCAGCCGUGCAGCACCGAAAGUCGGCGCGACGUCGAAAAUGCAUCUGCGGGCUUGUUUUCCUCGUCAUCAUCAUCAUAAUCGCCCUGGCUAUCGGCAUCAGUCUGAGGAGCAAAAAUUGA